UAUGUGUUUGACAGGCAGGUUUGGAUUCUGAUAGAACUGAUCAUGCCAAAUAAAAACAAGCGUUUGGUGUAAGCCAUCACAUCAUCAUUUGUAUUUCCUUCCAUCCACUCGAGAGAAAAUUGAGUGAAAAUUUAAUCGAUCGGCAUGGAAGGGAAGAUUGCAGGAGCUGUGUUUACUUUUUCUGUUGAGGGUAUACUGUCGAAGGUGGCAUCACUUGCUGCUCAAGAACUCAGUCUUGCUUGGGGUUUCAAAGCUGAACUAAAACGGCUUCACCAUUCAUUACUCACCAUUCAGGAUUUCUUGCAAGCUGUUUCCGAUCAACCACAAGAUCGGGUCAUGGUGGUGGAGGAGUGGGUGAGGAAACUUAAGGCUAUAGCUCAUGAAGCUGACGAUGUGUUGGAUGAGUUCGAGUACGAAGUUGUUCGCCGUAAAGUUGAACUCCAAAAUCAUAUGAAGAAAAAGGUACUUAACUUCUUUUCACUCUCCAAUCCAUUUGCAUUUCGUUUGAAAAUGGCACAUAAAAUUAAGAACAUCAACCAGUCCUUGGUAGAUCUCAAGGGUGAGGCAUCUUUCAUUGGUCUAGUUUCCAAGAGAAUAGAUGCAACCCCUCGAGGAAAUACAUGGGACAGACAAACCAACGCAUUCGUUGGCAGAGAUGAAAUAACUGUUGGAAGGGAAGAUGAUGUGUUAAAAAUAGUUACAACCUUGACCGACUCCAAAUACAAUCAAGAAAAUCUUGCGGUUAUGGCCAUUGUGGGAAUGGGAGGCAUCGGAAAGACAACGUUGGCCAAGUCAGUUUACAAUGAGGAUUUGAUACACAAGUUUUUCGAAGCAAAAAUAUGGGUUUGUGUAUCGAACACUUUCGAUAUCAAUUUGAUUCUACUUCAGAUGUUAGAACAGCUUAAUCCGACAAAGGUCCCUUCGAAAGAUAACCAGAAUGCUUUGCUUAUCUUCCUUAAUGAAGAGUUGAAAGACAAAAGAUACUUACUCGUACUUGAUGAUGUUUGGAACGAAGAUUCUGAAAAAUGGAAUAAUUUAAUGGAAUGUUUGUUUAAGCUUAAAUCUGCUGGGGGAUCCAAAAUCAUGGUCACUACUCGUAGUACAAAAGUUGCAUCAAUCUCAGAAAAACUACUUCGACGACAUGAGCUGGGAAAACUUUCUGCGGAUGAAUGUUGGUCCAUCAUGAAAAAGAAAGCCUUCCCAAAUAGCAGUGCUCGUAUAGUUCCUCAGUUCAAGACAAUUGGAAGGAAAAUUGCUGAAAAUUGUGGUGGCGUUCCAUUGGUGGCAAAGGUUUUGGGAGGCAUUUUGUACACUAAAAAUAGUAUUGCUGAAUGGUUGUCAUUUAAAGAAAGUGGAAUAUGGAACAACCUACCGAAAGGAGAAGAUAGAAUUAUGUCAGUCUUGAAGUUGAGUUUUGACAAUUUAGAAUCACCAUCAUUGAAGCAAUGUUUUGCAUAUUGCUCAAUAUUCAAGAAAGAUUUUGAAAUUCAAAGAGAUAAUUUGAUUCAACUUUGGAUGGCUCAAGGACUACUCCGCCCUUCACUUGGUGAAAGUAAAGAUAUGGAGGAUAUAGGCAAUGAAUAUUUUGAUAUUCUAUUGCAGAGCUCCUUAUUUCAAGAUGCUACAUUGGAUUAUAAUGGCACUAUUAGCGAAUGCAAGAUGCACGAUCUUGUGCAUGAUUUGGCAAAACUUGUAUCCAGAUUUGAAAGCUUGACAGGAGACUUCCAUGGCAUAGAUAAUACAGAUGAGAUUCGACAUGUUGCACGAGUUUCUACUUCUAUACUGAAAAAAAUUCCAGAAAGAAGCGCUGGAAAAUUGCGAUCACUGGUCUCUGAUGAUGGUGAAGUUCCUAUUAACAUUCUCCCACGGUUCAAAGCUUUACGCAUCUUGAAUCUAAGUAAUGCUAAUAUUGAAGAGUUUCCAACUUCAGUUGAAAGGCUGAAACACUUAAGGUAUCUUGACAUUUCUAAAACAAGGUUCAAAUUACUCCCCAGCUCUAUAGGCAAGCUCUAUAACUUACAGACGUUAAGAGCGACAAAUUGUGCCCUUAAAGAGUUUCCAAAAGAAUUGCAAAACUUGAUCAAUCUGAGACAUAUUUAUUUUGAUGAGAGCACAAAAUUUCCACAGGGGUUAAGGCGAUUGACUUGCCUUAGAACAAUACUAUACUUUUCGGUGGGUAAUGAGAUUGGUCGUCGAAUUGAAGAGUUGGCUGGCUUGAAAGAAUUGAAAGGUGAAUUAGUUGUUUGUAAUCUGGAACGCGUAGAGAAUGGAGAAGAAGCAAAAAAAGCUAAACUAGAGGACAAGAAAAAAGUAUGCCAUCUGACACUCAGAUGGACGAGAUAUAGGUCAACAACUGACAACAAUGACGAGGGGGAUGUACUGGGAGGCCUCCGACCGCAACCUGAUUUAGAGAGCUUAAGUAUUGAAAACUUCAUGGGCGAUAAGUUUCCAUUGUGGAUGAUGAGUAGACCAUUACAGCUCAACAACUUGAAGAAGAUUCAGUUAUUUGGAUGCAAUAAAUGUGAAGAAGUCCCACCGCUUGGCCAUCUACCUAAUCUUACGGAGCUUAAGAUUAGCGGAAUGGCUAACUUAAAAUGUUUUGGAGUCAUUGAUUAUGAUCUUGCCCCCGAUAUAUUCGGUUCUUGUGGUUCUCUUGAGAGAUUGGUUAUUCGUAAUUGUGAAAAGCUGAGGCAGUUGCCGGAUGGGCUAGAUACACUUCCUCUCCUUGAGUACCUGGGUAUAUACAGAUGUCCUAAUCUAGAAUUGAUUCCAAUUAGACAGGGCAUGGCAUCUCUACGCAGAUUAGAGAUUUAUCAUUGUGAACAAUUGUCACGACUACCGAGUGGGUUAGACUACUGCACCUCUCUCCAGAAAUUGGUUGUUCAUAACUGCAGUGGUUUGUCAGGCCCAUUGAGUGGGCUUCAAGGCUGCACCUCUCUCGUGGAAUUGUUUAUAUGGCGUUGCAAUAAUCUGACAUCAAUUGAAAUUAAAGGCGGCGCGUCUCUCACCUCUCUUCAGAAGUUGACAAUCAGAUAUUGCGAUGAACUAUCGAGCUUACCUGCUCUUCCACAACACUUUCCCUCUCUUCAGCAAUUGUAUAUAAGUGAAUGCCCUAAGCUAACGUCGUUUGGUGUCCAAAGUAGCAGUAUUGAGGAGAAAUGCGUUUCAGAUUUGCGCACAAUGAUACCCCUUCAACAACUGAGGAUUGAAUACUGUGAAGGAUUGGAAAGUUGGGUGAGCGGGCUGCAAUUCCCAGUCUCUCUUGAGUGGCUGGCAAUAAACGAUUUCCCAAAUUUAGAGAUUCUUCCAAGUUUAGACAACCUUCAUUCUCUUCGCUAUCUGGAGAUCAGAAACUGGCGAAAGCUAAAAUAUCUGCCGGCGGGGCUACGGUGGCUUUCUCACUUGAAGAAAUUACAAAUUGGUCCGUUCUGGGAGGAGCUCGAUUCCUUCCCUGAUUUUGGAGUUGGAUCAUUGAUGCAUCUUACAAUGUUAGACUUGUGGGGUUGGCCUAAGCUCAAGUCUUUGCCUCAACAGAUUCAACACUUGACUUCUUUGACAGAUUUGAUGAUGGUUUCAUUUGACGGAGUGGAGACUUUGCCAGAAUGGUUGGGUAACCUUACAUCCCUUGCACAGCUGGAGAUACAAGAUUGCAAGAAUCUGUCGAAUUUACCUAGUGUCGAAGCUAUGCAACGUCUCACCAAAUUACAAAUCCUGGACAUUUCCGGAUGUCAUCCUCUUUUAGAGCAGAAAUGCACCAGGGACAACGGCACAGAUUGGCCUAAGAUUGCUCACAUUCCAAAUAUCACAAUUAAGAGUCUGGGACAACAGUUGGAUUGAAGCUACGCAACGCCUUUAGAAACUGCAACAAAUGAGUUGCGGAAAAACCAAAGUAUGUACAGUUGAAUAUUCAUGGACGCAACUUCCGCAUUGGAGUUAGUCCAAUGGCAUCUAUAUUUCUUUUGGCAUGCUGUGGCGUUUUUUCAGGAUGCUCAAUGGGUGCAAACUGAGUACAGAUUUUUGAAUCGUAUGAACAAUGACUUGAAUUCAGUUGAUUAUUUAAUCGACAUUUCAUAUCCCUCAAGUAGCUUUACUGUCAAAUACCUGCAUUAUUGCAGAAAUUAGGAAUCAACUUCAUUCAUGAUGUUCAAGGUUGAUCAUUGCAGCUUGAAUUAUUAGAUUUGAAAGGGUGGACAAAGCUCAAGUCUCUGCCUCAUUAAAUUUAAAUGUUUUAUGUAUCGACUAUUUGAGGGAGUGGAGGCUUUACCAGAGUGGUUGGGGAACAUUACAUCCCUUAGAGAGCUGGGGAUUUAGAAUAAUUUGAUGAAUCUACCCUCUGCCAAGGCUAAGCAACGCUUCGCCAAUUUACUGUCGCAGUGAACUUAAGCAAUAACGUUCAAGAUCUUGGGACUUUUUGGGAUUCAAUGAGAAAUUUAGUCGAAGAGCAAUUAUCGAAAGUGAUAUUAUUGUUGAUGUGUUCGAAUGUAGGAUUUGGGUGGAAUCUGAGCUUUAAAGAUGAAGGUUUUGGCCUGCCUCCCCAGAGGUAGAAAGGUGCCUGUGAAGGCUGCUAAAAUUUCAGGUGCAACAAGCAAGCUCACUGGACCUCGAUAUCACUCUCAAGAGUCUUUGAGGGAUGUUUUCGUUCAUGGAACUCACUUUGCCUCAGCGGUGAAAGGGAAUGCUGUUGAGGUGCUGCGAAAAUUGCAACAUACAAAGUAUGCGAGCUUUUCUGCUGCGGUCAUAUCAGGCCAUCUCAGUUGGAGCAUGUAACGUCUCAAAUGUCUCAGGAGGUUGCUGAGGAAUAUACGAUGCCAACAAAUUCGAGGGGACUUUGUUCAUCCUUCAGCGGAUUACCUUUGGUUCUACAGGCCCAGACUUGUUUUAUUUGUGAUGUUAAUAUUAACGUGUUCCGUAAUUCUUCUCAAAUGGCAUUUUCUUCAUUUGCUUGGAUUGACAAUCAAGAGUUCCAAACUUCCUACUUCCGAGGUACCAGAGGACUCUUAGAGUUUCUCGAGUAGUGGCGUGGGAGUGCUUCUUGUGAAUCUAAAUGUGUUGAACCAUUUUCACUUUUCUUGUGUCUUCACCAAAUUCUUUUCAACUGGAAUGAUUUUUCUAGAAGCGAGAGAGAUUAUGAUAAUCUACAUGUAUAAAGAAAAAGGACGGUUCAUUAUGGAUAUGUUACUUGGUAGCAAACCCGGCAAUUUGUUCAUGUUCGAUACAAAUACAUAUGGAUGACUAGAAAGUCUUUAAUUUGAUUGA